AUGGUUAGUUUUGAAUGAACGAUAAGCGCGUUCGGACACGACAGUAUUUCCUUAUCUCCGCCAAGUGUAUAUCAUCUCGAUGCAAGAAGAAGUAUUACAGCUUCAGUGAGCUUUUAAUGGCUUGUCAUUCGUUUCCCUCGAAAUUUGUUCCCGUUUUCGUUAUGGACAGUGAUAGUCUGUUAGUAAUGUUGAGUUUUGUAACAGGGCGCAUUCACGAAAACAGUUGAAAUAAGAAGGAAGCCGCCACGAAAAAAGGAAAUUAGGUGCAACUAUAGAACAAUUUUCAGAUAGCUCAUGAUAUGUAGCACGUGAGAGAAAUAGGACUGCGAGAAAUGUGAAUCACGUCAUGGAAAACAACCUUACUUGCCACUGUUCAUAUUUCACUAGGUGUCUAAAUUUGUCUCUUUCGGCAACCAUUACUCUACUUGGAACAUGUAUGAAAUUACAGGAGUAAGUUGAAUCGCUUGGGACCAUUGAUGCUUCAAAAAGAAUAUAGUAAUUUUACAAGUGAGAUGAAGUGAAAAAUGAAAUGAAGAGAAAGUUUUAUUUAUAAGUGUGUAGUACACAAUUCUUUGACAUCUGGAGAAAUAUAGCUUCCUUUAUUUAAUACGUGGUUAAUAAUAGGUGUAGCUGAAGAAAAAUAUUCAAAAUGAUCCAGUGGAAUUUAAAUGACAAAAGUAGUGAAAUUAGUGAAACUAGUGAUUAGUAAAAUAUUGUGGAAUCGUAACGAAUUACUGAUGUUGUAAGAAGUUUCCUGCUUUAAAUACACACUUGAAUAGGAAAACUCAAUAUGGGUUGUGAAUUGUCAAAACUAGCCGGUGGCAGAGGUGGAGGCUGUUCUAAAGGCAAUGUCCCUAGUCUAGAUGCCUGUGGACCGCCACCAACAGAUAGUCGGCUGCCACUAACUGCCAAGCAAAAGUAUACCAUGGUGGCCUCGUGGAAAGGAAUCAGUCGAGCUAUGGAGACCACAGGAAUUGACAUGUUUAUCAAAUUGUUCGAGGAACAUUCGGAACUGAUAGAGCUUUUUGUAAAGUUCAAGGAUUUAAAAACUAAGGAACAACAAGCGAUGUCUGAGGAGCUACAAGAGCAUGCCAACAAAGUGAUGACCACGUUAGAUGAAGGUAUCCGCGGUCUAGACGAUAUGGACACAUUUUUCGAGUUCAUACAUCAGGUGGGCGCAUCCCAUCGUCGGAUUCCCGGCUUCAAACAGGAGUACUUUUGGAGAAUAGAGGAACCGUUUCUAUCGGCGGUAUCAAACACCUUGGGCGACCGAUACACACAGAACGUUGAAGGAAUAUACAAACUGACGAUCAAGUUCAUUAUCGAAAAUCUAAUCGCCGGAUAUGAAACAAGUGCCAACAAUAACGACGAUGUCAACAAUGCGAACCUUUCUGCGUCAUCCACUUCGGCAGUGGGGGCAAGUUCGACAAAUAGUAAAAAAAUCUCUUGAACGGUGUAAUAUAGAAAAAUAUCGCAUGAUGACGAUGGAAAUGCGCUAAGAAAUGUAACAUAACGAAAUUACAGCAUGGCUGGCUCUAGCGCAAAUAUAACAUAUGUACUAUGCAAAAUAAAUCGUUGGCCAGAGUGACUUUGAAUCACAAACAGAAAGAGAGUGUGUUCAUUUAUGUGUGUGACGUUACUGGUGCUACUCACAAAUACUGGAUUGAACGACAAAUGUUGAACAAGAAAAUUGACGAGGAUUAGAAACAUCAUUGACAAAACGACCCCACCUCUAAUAUCUUUAAUACAUAUUGCCACAAUAGCACUCUUUUUGUAUACAAUCCUCAAAAUAAGCAAAUAUGUGCAGGACACUCAAAACUUUUUGUAUGUUUUUAAAAACAUUAAUGUCAAUGGAAAUUGUCAUCAGUGGUACAGCACAAAAAAGCACAAUUUCUCGCAUGAAUGACUAACGAGAACAGACUAGCAUGCCAACCUAUCUUAGUGACUAUAGGGGUACCAUAGUCCACAUGGACUACCAACCUACAAUUGUACCAGCCAUCGAUAGAAAGGUAGAGAUAGAGUGAAAAACAUCGACUAGCUCUAGAUAAUACACUGUACAUAUUCAUAUAUCCUAAACGGCUAUUUACUAUCAUUUUCCGCCAAAGGGUCAUCAGGGCUGAUGAACUGGGAAUGAUGAAGUACGCGAAAUUUUAUGGCAAAUUACAUCAACAGGAAGAAAGUGUGCAAAGCGGUAUUCGUAAUGGUACAAACACGCAUAUUAGAAGGACCAAUGUGUCUAGCCGGGAUCAAUGUCAUUCACCAACCACUUCACCGUCCGUGAAUUGGACAAGCAGGCCAGGUAGAACGGGGUUCAAAAAUUUCGAAAUAAGAGCCAUGGUAACGUAAGCUCUGUUACCUCACCGUCUGUGCAGUAUUCGUUGAACAAAAAGAUUGCUGACGUAUUGUACGAGAAGAACCACUUUGAUGAAUUUUUAUUCCACGUCCGUUUGAAAAUGUUUCUAUGGAAAACAUACUCAAUACCAGUGAAUAGUUAUCAAAUUAUCGAUAAAAUUGAUUGAACUACGAUGACGAGGUACUCAUUUUAAUAUUUUAUGUGAAUCGGGUAUGCGUAAUACACAGAUCGAAAGGAUUUUUUUUUUUUCAAAAAGUACUUGAAGUUCUCCAUUUGUUACUAUUCUGUUAGAUGAAGCUUCUGUCUAGGGCAAACGAAUUGCGAUCCCGCUGGUUCCAUUCUCCACAAUACAUAUUGCAUGUAAAGAUAAUAGAAAUUGUCUAAGUAUCUGUGGAAAUUUUCAUUCUCACCACAUUCAUUACAUGAAAAUAUUAAGGUCUGGUAGUCAUAAUAAAAUCAAACAUCAUAUCCAAAAAAAUAUAAUAAACUACAGAAAUUUGGAGUUAAGUCCAACAAGCACAAACAUUAAUUUUUAUGUCAUAACUAAGAACAUCGAAAGACUGAAACCAUGCAUAUAUUCUCAAGCUUACCGUAAAAGAACGCUCACGUGAAAAUUCAUCUGAAUUGUAAGCAUGUUGACCAAAUAUGAAUGCGCAUUUAAACUUAUUUUCAACUCAUACUAAGCACACAGUUUGCAAAAUUACGUUUAGUCUGAUUCUCAUAAACAAUAGGCUAAGACAAUUUGAAGUGCAAGAUUUGGAUGAAUUUAUCUUGUACCAGUGCGACCACUGAUGCGACAAUACUUAAGAAUAACAGUAUUCUGAAAGAGUGUAGGAUCAUCACCCACUAUUAUGUGCUAACGGCAACGAUCUGGCAAGAAUUCGGUAAAUGGUCAUUUCAAAAAUCGAUAAACAAGGAACUAAUGAUCAUAAUACUACAAUGCCUUGUUGAGUUCAGUUGCGAUUUAGUAUUGUUAUUAAUGUUUCACUUGCUUUUUUGCGUGCACACAGGUAAAACUGGUUGUUAGGUAAAUCAUCAAACAUGUUAAGUUCAAUCAAUAAAGGUAAAUCAUCAAACACAUGUUCCAUUCACUGUCUUUUAUAUCAUUAAUCAGUGAAUCUCAAAUGGUUCUCUUCAAACUAAGAUGUCUAUAAUGAAUAUAUUGUGUAUCAGCAAUCGCUGUUCGGUUCCAAUUAUAAAUUAUUCAUUUUUAAACCGAUCAUCUUUGUGAAGUGGGGUCGUAUGGGUCUCAACUAUUGUACUCACUGUUUUUUUUAAUAACAAUGUUUUGACAGAUAUGCAGGACUUUCAAAGUGCCCAUAAUUAUGUCAUGUGUUCUCUAAAAGUGUUUUUAUUAUUUGAAAACUGAAUGUAGCCGUUCAUAAAUGUUACGUAUAGAAGCUUGAUAUCUCUUAUCUGUGAAUUUCGAAAUAGUCCCCCAAAUCCUAUUCUAAUUGCAUACAAAUGGACAUUGAUUAUAAUGUUAGGAUUUCUAUCAAUGUACAUCAAUGUACUAUUUGAGAUAUGAUACAGCUUUUUUGUGUGAAAUGGUCUGGAAAGUCAGGGUUGCAAGAAUUUAGAAGGGCCGCACGAAACGCUAUCAUUUUCAUGUUAUCUCACGUUCCCUCUUUGUCUUAGAUUGUAUUAAUUAUUUAACCUAAAACCUGAAUAAAGUAUUUCUGGUGUUAGAAACUUUAACAAAUCGAUUGCGUACAGUUUUAAUAAAAGCACAAAACCCGUUGCGUUGUUUAUUCCCAUUUUUCACAUGAUGCAAUAUUCAGUUUGAAUCCUGAAGCAGACCAAUACGACACAAUAGGAAUUAGCCAAUUUAACCUGUUCACCCCAAUUUUUUUAUAAGUCGUAUCUUUAACUAGAUUCCCGAAAGGAGGUUGAUUACGGUUGAUUAAAUUCAAUUCAUAUCACAUAGAAAACCCUAAAAAGUAGAUUGUAAAUCGAUUCAAUGACCACACGAAUCAGGUUAUACCGUUUCACUCUAAUCUAUCCUGUAGCUGAGUCUUAAGAUGAAUAUUAGUCCAUAUAUUUAAAAGUAGGACUGCGUUUUUUGUAUUUAAUAAAAUAUUCAAUAAGGCACACUACCUUAGGUCUAAGAUGCCGAGGGCAAGCAAGAUUUCGUUAUUAAAAAACACUUCUAAUGUUUUCCAAUAUCAAUCAAAUUAAAUAACUAAAUAAUAUCAAUUUUCAAUCAAUUGUUAAAUGCGUUAAAGGCAAAAAUUUACUUGAAGAAACGGUACAAAUAAGGGGCGGACGCUUAGAACAAUGUGCCAAUCAAACAUUACCACAAUGCGGCACUUUCGUUUUCAUUCAGGUGCACAGUUGCGGCACACAAAGCUUUUGACAAGUAGCUGUUUUCAUCAUUUUGCCUGCACUGCAAAUUAUUGUUAUGCCAACGGUAAAAUAAACAUAAAUGGAUUAAUUUUUUUUCUCUCUUCUUGCUGCUUAGUUUUCAAUGGAUGAAGGCUGGCAGACAUUCUGGUGACCGACUGCCUCACCGCUGCCAGAUAUACAACGUAAACGAUACAACCGUAUCCACCAGGAUUUUUCCACAUUGAAAUCUUUGACAUUUUCAGCGAAGGUGAGAAGAUGAAAACGCUCGGCUUAUUUAGAUACAGGCAGAGAUGCCAUUUAUACAGAUUUAUCUGUAUUAUACAGAUUUUUACAUGCUCAUACAGAUUUAAUACAAAGUACAGAUUUUAUACAGAUUUCCUCAAUUGAAUACAGAUUUAUACAGAUCUCACAAAAAUUAAGAAAGAAUUAACUUUUUGAUUUCAGUGACGAUCACAAAUUAAUAUGAAAAUCUGUUAAAUCCAUUUAUAUUAUAAUUUGAAACCAAUUUGAACUGAUAUUCAAUUUUUUUGCCAUGACUUAGUGAAAAAAUAUAUUGGAGAAGCCAAAUGAAUGAAAAACUAACAGAAAAGAUGAUUUAUUGGAAAAAGAUACGCUCAGAGACAAUACUUUAUUCAAGGAAGUAAUGGCAUCAUGAAAAUUUACUGUCAAACUGAGAGUGGUAUGAACCGACUUGACGUUGCAUAUUGGGCGUUGAAAUUCCAUGUCAAAUUAUAAAGUCACCAAUUUCUAACUAAAUAAAUAUAUGGGAUUACAAUUCAAUUUUUGUGGAUAAAAAAAUGAAACUUCGUCGUUGAAUAUUCUUGUGAGCGCCCACAACCACAACCACAAUCUAUUAGAAUAUUAUCUUAGCAUCAUUUUGUUGUAAGAAUUUCAUUUUAUUAGUGAAUACAGAUUAAUACAGAUUUUUUUAUACAAUGAAUACAGAUUUUCUAUGAAAAUAUCUGGCAUCUCUGGAUACAGGCGACUUUGUUUUGUCAAAUUGGAUUUGACAACCUGUGCUAGUACACGCAGAGAAAAAUAUUGUAAAAAUAACUAAAUUUUGGUUUCACGCAACGAUAUAUUUUGUUGAAAUAGUGACAAAAGAAAAUCUGAUUUGAAAUGGCAAAUAUUGUUGCUUGAAGCUACGAAAUAAGAUAUUUGAUUUUGCUCAGUGCAUUAGUUUGUUUCAAUAAAUAUUUUGUUAAAAAUAACAAAUAUUUUACUUACGCGUUCCUGUCAAUUUCUUGGCAAACAAUUUCAUGGUAAAUUUAAGUUUCAAAAUAAGUUUAAAAUGAACUAGCAUUAGAUCAUGAUAAUGUUAUUAGUUCUUUGAAUUGAUAAACUUGGCAGUUGAAAUGAACGAUAAGAUUCAAACUUUAAAUAAUUAGUAUUUCAACAUACGAUUUUGUUUGUUAAAAUCAUACAUUUUUGUUUGUCAUUAAUCUUAAAAAGAGAUUUCGAUUUAUUCCGAUUUUUAUCCAUUUGAAAUUAAAAGAAAUCAUAUUUUAAAAUCUACUAACUGUUUUGUUAUUUUAAACAAGCUCAAUUUCUCUGCGUGUACAAAAGAGACAGCAUCGCACUUUCCUUGCAACAGACCUACUGAUAAGGAGUGUAUCGAAAAUAAGCUAUCCACACAUUUUUCUUUCAAAUUAUGAUAAAAAACGAUAUUUUAUUCAAACUUAAAAUUGAUCCUUUAUUGUACGCGGUUAAACUUGAGCACAAAGAAAACUGGAUGAAUUUUUAAGUUAUUCCUUCACGAGUUUUCGAACUUUUGAUCGAACGCUCUUCAUCAAGUUCCGCACAAGUGUUGCAUCGUAUUUUUGGACGCUUGAGCCCAAAUUUUUUGGAACUCCUGCAUGUUCUCAGCUGCCUAACCAGUCUUCUUGAAGACCCUUUUCACGAUUGCCCAGUAACGUUCGAUGGGUCGAAGCUGAGGGCGAUUUGGUGGAUUGAUAUUUUCUCAACAAAACGUAUACCCUUUUCCGCAAGCCAAUUGAGAGAGGUUUUGGCAUAGUGAGCCGACGACAAAUCCAGCCAAAACAGUGGAGGUGUACUAUGCUUCUUAUAUAAAGGCAGCAAUCUCUUCUGGAAAUACUCAGAUCGAUAGAUAUUUAUAGUUCCGGUAGUGUAAAAAAUGGUUGACUUCAAACCAUAGGAACAUAUUGCUUGCCAUACCAGUACCUUUCGACCGAGUUUCUCCACUUGAAUCGACCUGUACGCAUCGCUCACAUCCUUCCCAACGACGACAGUAAAGUAUUGUGGAACUUGAGAGGUUUUUGAGUCCUCUUUUACAUAUGUCUCAUCGUCCAUCAAAACGCAUGCAUCCGGACCCUGCAAAAGACGCGAAUACAAUUUCCGGGCCCUUGUUGCUGCUUGCUUCUUCUGUUUUACACUUUGUUCCGAGAUUUUCUGCUUCUUGUAGGUCUUUAGGUGAUUUCGCCUCUUGAUACGCUGGACCAUUCCGACACUCGUUUCUGCUGUUUUGGCAAAAUCACGUAUUAACAUUGAUUUUUUCUUCAUGAUUAGAGAUACAACUUGCUGGUCCAGUUUCGGGUUGGAAGAACCGGGUUUUCUGCCUCUUCCUGGUAGCUCAUCCUAAGAAUAAUGUUCCCCAAACUUAUUAAUUAUGUUUUUAACACUGGCAUGAUGAAUUCCAAACCGUCUCGCCAAUUUUCGCAUAGUAAGACCCUUUUCACUUAGCCAUGUGUCCAGAACUUUAAUUUCCACUUCCUUUUCAAUACGCGAUAUUUUGAAAACGCAGAAUUUCAACCGCACAAACAAGUAAAGAAUCGAAAGCUGACAGCCAAACGCACAGCAUGCUGCGAUCUGAGCAUAAAAAACCAUCACAAAUACAUGCGUAACAACACAAAUGUAUGUGGAUAGCUUAUUUUCGAUACACUCUUUACACUGUUGAAGGUUGCAAAUAGCACAACGUAAUAUUAGUAUCUACUACUAUCUCAUGACAUUACUUGAUUACUUUGAACUGAACAUACGACUUAUGAAAUAAAUUAGGCAAACCAGGUUAAAUUGGCUAGUUCCUAUUGAUCGUUGAAGUUUUCUAUAUAAUAUGGUCCAGUAUUGAUAGGUCGUAUUUAAUCUGCUUCAGGAUUGUAAAUCAGAAUUCAACUUAAAGUUAAGUUUGAGGGAAAAUAGAGAUAAAACAAUACAGCACGAUUUAUGUGAUCAUAGAAACUAUCUGUUCACUAAUUCAUAUGGUUAUAUGCGGAACAUAGAGCUGUCUUGGUUAACCCUUAUGCACUCGAAUGGGUACCCGGGUACCUUUUCGAAUUUCAAAAUAAGAAAUUUCUGAGUUAGGUUUAAACUAAGAUUCUGCAAUUCGGUCAAUUCCAAGAACUAGUUGGACCAUAACUUCUCAUGCUUUGACUUUUCAUUUUACAGUAAGGGGGGUCGAAUGGGGGGGCUCAAAUUUUUUUUAUUACGUAAACACCCGAAUGGGUACCCGGGUACCCACAAAUAAAAAUGCUUGUAACUAAGGCAAAUUCCAUCCGAUUUGAAUUUUUUCAGUACGGGUAAAUUCAGAAAUUUAUCCACUUUUCGAUGGCCGUGUAUAUUGCUGUAGUAGGUUCUUCUGGUUCCCGUUAAUCCGGAUUUCCGUAGAAUGUUCCGACACUUGUGUUUUCCACCAUAAAUGUCAUUUACUAAUUUGAAACUUUUCCAAACCAGCUAUUUGAGAAAGGCCGUACCAAAAUGAACCUUUUGUAGAAAAAUGACGUCAUCUAAAGGGUAGUUGGCCUAUUCUGGACUUACUCUCAUAGAACGAAAAAAAGGAAAUAUAAAUGAGAACGAAACUGUUUGGGAAGUAACUUCGUGAUGUUUCGAAAUGUUUGUUGCCAGAAUUAAAAAUUGUAUUGCGUGCUCCUCGCAAUAGGCCUGAAGUACAUAAUAAUUUUCAAACUGAAGAUAAGAAAGUGAAGUAUAUAAGGGAACAUACAUAAAGUACGUCACGCGUUUAGGGGGGAGAGGUUUCAAAAAUACGUGACAAUACAUGGUGAAAAGAUUGAGAAAUGCUCGACAAAGGGGGAAAGGAGUGGUAGAAAAAUUCAAAAUUUUAUGUUACGUACAUAACGGAUGCCCCCUGAAAUAUAUAAACAUAACAACUCAGCAUAGCACUUGAUUUCAUAUAGCAAUUCUUAGAUAAGAUUACAAAAAUACGUGAAAUCCGUGUAUAAAUGCCUCGAUGUCGGAACUCAUUUAGGAUAUCCGGGUUCCUGGGAACUAGGAGCACCAUGUCCAUCUUUAUGGGUACCAAUCCCAAAGAGCUUAAGUUCCUGAAUCCAACAGUGCUAAAAUUACUUCAAUCGGUUGAAAAAUGCUCAACUUACAGCGAUUUAAAAAAAUGGGUACCCGGGUACCCAUUCGGGUGGUUAAAGGUGUUUUUUUUUUCGAGUGCACAACGGUUAAUAAACCAAAUACUAAUCAGUAGCUCUUUUUUUUUGUAAAUUUAUAGAAGAAGAUGAUUUGGGGUGAAUCAGAAUACAGUCUUUUGUGGUCGUUCUGAUUAACAGCUAUCUAUUUAUUGACCUUAUGAACAUGUCAGGACUACCUUUUGAUUAGUUUUUGAUUAGUAGAAUUCAUUUAUUUUUCAGAGUUUUAUAGCCAGACUUUGAAAUGAAGUCCGUAAAACAGAAAAGUUAGAAAUACAAUUUCUGAAAUUAAUAACUAGUGAUCGUUUCAUUUCCCACUGUGCAAUGUUUCACGAUCCAUUAUGACGCGAAAUAGUUGAACUUGAAAUCUGGUGAUAGUUAACCUUCUCAUGAUUUCCAACAGCUCUACGAAUACAGUUCAUUGACUUGUUUAGUGCUUAUCAACACAUACCAAAAAAGAGUCUAUGUCGUGUUUAAUGCCGUCUACGUUUCUAUCGUAGCGAAUUAAUUGAAGUCAAUACGAAAAAACAGUAUCAUGGUUCAAGGAAUUUAUAGAAGCUAUGUUUCUAUUCGAGCACUCAUGAAAAUGUCCACUAUGCGGUGAUCUUGAAGAACAACUAUUCGUUUGAAAACAAUCAUCAUUCAUUUAAUCUAGUGCAUUCUAUCAAAAUGACAUUCGGACAUUCAUAAAACACAUUUCAACAGUGUAGUGUGAACAUAGUGGUAAUGUAAAAUCAGAAAUGAUUUAAAGUGAGAUCUAUCCAAAUGUAGUCCAUUGAUUGUAGGGAAAGUGAAUAUAUGAUUCUUUCAUCGUUCGAAAAACUAACAUGCCAUCCCGCGUGAGGUUAAUACAAAUCAUUAGCUAACAACAAAUUCAAACCGAAAUUAUAUUAUUUUUCAACCUACUCAACUAAAAACUCUUUUUUUUUCUAACUCUUGUAAAAACGAAAUUCAUUUUAAGUGCUAUUCGAUAUAUAUUCCAACAAACACGAAACUUACGACCGAACAAUGCUAUGUCGAUGUGAUCAUAAAAUAGAAAAACAUAACUUCACAUCUCAUUCUACAAAACUUUAAGGUUGUCUUGGACCUUACAAAUAAGGUAACGAUAAUCACGGCGUAGUUUCCGAGAGUUACUUUUUUUUUAAUUUUUACUUUUUCAAGUGUCUUGAUAAUUCCAGAUGGUGGGGCCCUUAAAUGAUGGCUAAUGGACUUUCUGUAUAACAAUAAACAAUGAACUGUUUGGCAAGGUAACAUUUGAACAAACGGAAAUCGUGAUAAAGAAAAAUGUUAGUAAAUGUGUAGAUAAUAAUAAAGGUAUAAAUUCGUUCGCGCUUAUUGCAUUAGCAUAAGAAACGAAAAGUGAUGCAACAGAAAACUUGACGACGUUGAUUGCAUCGACAUUUUAGAUUAGAUAAAAGAACCUGAUUACGCAACCUGGUAGGUGUUACAGAAAAUACAUAUUCCGAAGAGCAUUGCCGUUGGAAACUUAAAGAUAUUUUCGACGAAUAAGUGAGGAUAUUUAAAACAAAAACGAAAAAAAAACUAUAAACUAUUUGUAUAAUCGUAACUUUUUUUAGAAAAAAGAAACAGAAAAAUAGAACUAUAGAAUAGUUUAAGCAGAAUUUGACAAUUUUCAAAAACCAAUAAACAAAAGGCAAGUAGAACAGCAUGUCCUUAUUCGAGAAAAUAUAUGUAGAGCAUGUUGUGUGCAUGUUAUACCAGCUACACUGUGUUGAACAAAGUUGCACUAAGUUCAAAGAAAAUGAAAACAGUGUUCAUAAAACGGUGAGUUAUAAUCGAUCAUUGAACGAUGAUUAAUUUUAGAAUAUUUUUAAAAUAAGCGAUAAUAAUUUAUUUCUUUACUGUUAAGAUAGUAACGAGCUUUGAAAUCGAAAUUGUUAAAAAAUUAGGAAGGGUGGAUAAUUGGCAAUAAAAUUAGUUUGAUUAUAAUUGUAAACUAUGCAAAGAUAGACCAUAGAACUAUAUUGAUAAACCAGUGAAAUUUGAAACAGGAAGUCGGGUUUUCCUUUAGCAGAAAAAUUACGAAAAAUGAGCGAAAUAAAUAAAUCGUCUUCAAGUUUUGUGAAUAUCUUCCUUCGCUUAAACGCAUUCUUAUCUGAAUCUGCUUCCUAAAAUAAUACAUCAAUUUGCAUUCUAAAAUCAUACUGUUUAAACUACUUAGUUGAGCGAAAAAAAGAAUAACUACUUAAGUUUAAUUAGUAAUUUUAAAUUUCAGUUUACUUCACUAAAAAGCCGUGGCGUGAACCUUCUCAACAUAAACGUUGUUUAAAUAGACUUUUUCCCGGUAACCGGACAUCAUGUUGUUAAUUGGGAAUCAUCCCAUUGUCCAUUUUGAUUUAUUAUGAUCCGGGGCAUGAGAGUGUGAUUAACACUAGAGAUAUUAAACUGUACAAAAUAAUGAUUGCAUUCAGUAUGCUAUCCACUCCACAGUUUUUCAUUUUUUUUAAUCUGUCAUUUUUGCAAUGCUGGUUUAAAUUUUUUAUUAGUCAAGCUAAUCCAUGCAUUUUCUAUUCCACUUUAUACCAUGUAAUUUCCUUGAAGUAGAAGCGAAAUUGUAAAAUAAUUCAUGUCUGUAGACGAAUUUCGUACCAACUCAAACAAGUGUAGGCAAUAUUCUGGACAUGUAGACUUCUCUUCUCACAAAAAGCCACUCUAGGGGGCAUAUUUUGUUUUUCUAGAAUUGAUCCAGACUGUCUUUUAGAAAGCCCAAACUUAUUUGACCGUUUUCUUUUCAAAUAGCUAUAGUCGAAAAAUGAUACAUCUUACAAACAAGUGAUGUACUAGUGGUUUUCGCAAAACUAGUUAAAUUUUCGAAUACAAAUAUUGCAAAAAUUCCCAAUCGAAUUCUACAAUGAAAACGAUCGGUUUUAAAAAUUUAUGAUCGAUUUGCAAGAAAAAAAAACAACAUUUAUGAUUUUGAUUAAAUUUUGACCCAAAAUAGGUGAUUAGGUUUCCUAACAACCGUUUAUAAAUUGCAAAAUAUUUUUUUUUUGACAAAUAUUUUUUCUUGUUCAAACUCAAUUUUACCCAGUGUCUUUUUAACGAAAACUCGAAGUAAUAAUCAUUCACGAAAUUCAGUUUGUUUUACAGAAUACUAUAUCGCUAGUUAUCCGAUGUUUGUAAAAAGUAUGACUGCUGGAUAAGGUUUUCUGGAAAAUCUUUCUCCCUUAAAAAUGUUCAUCUUUCCAGUGAUGUAUCUAGGGGAAGGUUUCUUGAUAUACCGACCCGAUUUUUCCUUUAACAUUUUCGUAAUCGAUUUUUUUCAGUGUAGUAAAUGAAAUCUUUUUCAGUGUUUUUAUUUGAAACUUUGACUCAUUUGGUGAACAUCACUAGUAAAAAAAAUUCUUGUUUUUUCGUUCCGAUUAUAGAAGUUUUUACAAUAAGGUAAAACAAAACUUUCUGCGAGGUUAGGAAUCGAACCCAAGUGGUUUACGUGAAAGGCAUCGAUUUACCCAUUACGCUUUACACAUCCCACAAUUUUUCGUUGUAUUUGUCAUUUAUUGACUAUAUUUAUUUGGAAACAAAUUGAGCAAUAAACAGUCUAGAUAAAUUUUGGAAAAACAAACUAAACCAAGCCGCUUUUUGUAACACAGUCUAAUCUAAUUCUGCGAUGAAAAAAAAAAUCGAUUUUCAUAAUUUUAUGGCGAUUUGCAAAAAAAAAACAUUUUUUAGCUGAAUUAAAUUUUAUCGCAGGAUAGGCUAGUUUGUUCUCUUCCAACCGUUCGUAACUAAAACAGGUUUUUUCGUGAUUUUUUUGGUUAACGAAAAAAAAACACUGAAAAAAAUCAGUUUGGACAAGGAAAAGUUUUUUUAGAAAAACGUUUUUACUCGAAAGUAAGGCCCAUCUUGCAAUGAAGGAACGGUUGGCAGGGAACAUAUUCACCUAUCUUGGUACAACAUUUAACAAUAAUCAAGAAUGGUGGUUUUUUUCCUUGCAAAUCGAUUUAAAGUUUUUAAAAUCAUUUAUUUUUGUUUCAGUGUAGGAUUCAAUUUUUAUUCCAAAACUUGACUGAUUUUGUGAAAAUCGUUAGCAUAACACUUUAUGGUAGAAUUUGUCUUUUUUCGACAAUAACUAGCUGAAAAAAAGUUCAGCCCUUUUCGAAAAAAGUCUAGACCAAUUAUCGAAAAAAAGUAUGCCGAAUGCAUUCUGUGACAACGUCUACAAUCAUUGUUUAAAACACAGCUGAGUACUGUUCUUGUGGAAAUGAUGGAUUAAUCGACAAUCGACAAACUGACUUAAAUGCAACCGAUCAAUCACACAGCAGCGAGCAGUUUUUUUUCGCUUGAAUUUUUUACAUUAUAUUAUUGGAACAAAAUGGCUCAAGUGGCACGGUACCCUUAUUUAUUUAGAGUAUUUUAUCAAAAUUCAACCCACGCAACCUAGACAAUUAAAAUAUAAUAAUUUGAGUUGAUGUAAAAGUGUUCAUCAAAAGUUUUCCCUGAGUUUAUUCAAAUUGUAUUAACACCAAUUCGAGAGGGUACAAAAGGAAUAUUUUUAAAAACUUGAAUAAAAACUGACUUAUCAAAAACUAAUCACAACAAAACUCGCUCGGAACAAUUGAGUUUCAAAAAUUAUUACACAACCUCACCUAAUGAGCAGGAAGAAUAACUUUUGACAGUUUCUAGUGAUUUGUGCAUUCCAAUAUGAGAGCGGGUAGUUGAAAAUCUAAAUGAACCAUUGAUAGCUGCCAUAAAUGAGCUUUAUUUAUCACGAGUUCAUUCGUGACAUCUUCUUGUGAAAUCUAAUUCUAGGCUGAUUCGCUCAACUGAGUAACACUGGAAGAAUUUGUAUGCUUUGAUUUCUUCAUUUACCAUACGCUUUUCAAGAAUCUUAGAGCCACUACAUUGCUAAUUCAGCAUGCGGUAUGAUCCACUUAGUACAUAUAGCUUCCCAUCAAACUCUCAUCGAUUUUGCGUAACAGUGUCAAUUAUAGGGAUUACGUGCUUGAAUCAUGAACAGAUCACCAAUAGCCGAGUAAUCAUACUUGAUCGGAAUUGACAAAUAGAAUGCUAUAAACGAAAAUAAAUAACCCGCACACUCCAUCGCUCUCUGCAAUUAACAAUUUUCCUCACCGCCAACUAAGACUAAACGCUAAUUGAGAAUGAGUAAGAAAAGUAACAAACGCUAAACGGUACCAAAUAUAUAGUCUUCUUGAACAUCAGAAGUCAUAUAAUUAACAGCCAUCCCGUCAACAUAAAAAAGUCACACACAAAAAAACAUGCAACUGUCGCAAAUAGCUCUCUGAUAGAAAUCAAUAUGGCAAAAUAUACAAUCUUCCGAACAGAUACGGUAACAGAACAGGUGCAUGAAACAAAAUGACAUACUAAUGAAUCACAGAAAUACAUAAAAAUGAAAACUGAAAACGGCCAGAAUAAAUCAUAUUUCAUGAAUGUGCUUUAAUA